AUGCCGCGCGCAGUCAGAGGUAAGAUCGAAAAAGCCUCACGAAGACCAAGCCCUCGCUUACAUGCAACACAAGGCCUGCUCAUCGAGUGCGACCCUUCGAUUAAAUCCAUGAUCCUGAAGUACGACGAGGAACGACAUGACUAUAUUGUGGAAGAUCUAGACGAUGAGAACCACCUGGUAAUUAAGGAAAGCCAGCUUCAGAACCUGAAGGCGCGUCUGGACCAUGACCUCGAUGAGAAAAUCCUACAACUCGAUGAAUCAGAGUCCGAAUAA